CCCUCCAACCCAGCAUCAACCACCCCCACCCGGCCCCCACUAGCCAUCCACCCCAGCGCCCAAAUCUCCGACACCACAAUCUUCCAAGGCACGCACCCGAUCUCCAUCGGCGCCCACACCAUCAUCCACCCGCGCGCCCGCCUCUACUCGCACGAGGGCCCCAUCCUCAUCAGCAACAACUGCAUCAUCAGCGAGAAGACCGUCAUCGGCACGCCUGCCCCCACGGCGGCAGCAGCAGCAGCAGCAGCAGCAGCAGCCGCCCUCCCCAUCCGCAUCUCCUCGCGCGUGACCAUCGGCCCCGCGGUGUCCAUCGCCCCCGGGGCGCAUAUCCAUUCCGGCGUGGUGAUCGAUGCGCUGGCCGUGAUUAAUCGGCGGGUGGAUGUGGGGGCGCAUGCGAGGGUGUGUGCGGGCUGUGAGGUGGCGGCGGGGACCGGGGUGGGCGAGUGGGUGGUUGUUUGGGGCGGUGGGGGUGGGGGUGGGCAGCGGCGGAGGCGGAGGGAGACGCGCGGGGUGGUUUGGGGGGCGUUGCAUCAUUCUUCUCUAUCGCAGAAUCAGAAGGUUGAUGGUGGGGGGGAGAGGCCCGGGGACGCGCCGUUGGAGGCCAGGACGUUGGAGGAUGCGCGGUUGAUGGUGCUGGAUUUGGAGCGGGAGGCGGUGGGGAGGUUGUUG